AUGGACCCCGCCAUCCGGUCUAGGUACUGCCGCAGAUACACCAGCUCCACAGACUUCGAAGCCACAAACAGGAUAUGCCGCGGCCUUGUGCGCCGCAUUGAGCGCUGCUCCGAGGGAUUUAUCACCCGGAAAGACUCGGGUGCCUUGGAGAUGUUCAAGAACGACACCUAUGAACGCAAGCCGCAGCGAUUCGAGAUGACCUUCCGCGUCAUGAGGAGAGGGAUGGGCGAGUGGGCUGAGCGAACGUACCGGUCUUACGAAAAACAGCCCCUAACCAUUGCGCACACGAAGGAGGUCAUGCUGUCCGUUCACUGGAUGAUUGGGCUCUUCAUGCGCCGCCACGACCGAAACUUCCGGUGGCUCGACUGCCCGGCCCCAGAGCUUGAUUCAGAAGGAAGCGAGACUGCAGUGCCUUCCCGUGAUGGUCCCCUUUCAACCUUGUCCAUACCUAGAUCCCGCUUCGUCGAAACCUCCCAGGCCUUCGAGUUCGUGUCUGGAUACAGCAUCGAAAUCUAUUUUCGAAGUAGGAAUCCGCACCGACGCGUCCCCACGUUCGAGAAGAGGGCAAGAGUUUCCAGCACACAAACCACGCCGUUGACUCUGUUUCUCAGCGAGGACAUGCUGUGGAAAGCGUUGCAGUUUGCUAACCAGGCACUGGACUCGAAAAAGCGGCAGUUUGACCAUCAUCUCCGAGACCACAGAGAACUCUACUCCACUCAUCUCGGGGAUGACACGUUUGAGCUUAGUCUUAGAGUGCAGAAUCACCUCGGACCUGCAUACAACCAUGUGCAGAGAAGCAUCAAGAGCACACUCGCACUCUUUCGGGACCUGGACGCUCAAGACUGUGGCGCCUUCUUCUCUGGGAUCGAGGAAUAUCUGUCGCACAUUCGGGACGAGGCUGAUGCAUUGCUGAGCGGCAUGAACGAUUUCGAGAUCCGCAUCGCCGAACUCAAGGGCGUAGGCUGGACCGUGCGAGAGGCCGCCAAGUUCACUCUCGGCCCCUCCGCGUCGUACGGCCGCCGGACCAUCCAAGCAGCGCUGGAUCGCAUCCAGACUGGCAUCGGGGAUGUCAUCCGCGGCCACAACAUUGCCAUCCACGUCAACGCCCAUAAGCGAGGACACCUUGUCUUGGACAAGGCUAUCGUUGCGCACGAGAAACACGGGAGCGCGAAAGAAACCUUUGCCUCGCGCGAGGACGCGCAGGCAGCCUUUGUCGAGAGGCUGAAAGCCCAGGUCCAGAAGGAUAUGGAUAAGAUAUUCGAGGAUUCGUGUGCCAUCGACGACAUCCCCGAGUAUGAAGACGACUAUUUUGCCACUCGGCCCAUCACGCCCGUCACGCCAUUGCAUCCUGAACAUGCCGUGUUUGAUAUGACGUGGGCUCCGGUUGCUGCUCGGCCCAUCACGCCCGUCACGCCGCUGCAGCCAGAGCAAGCCGUGUUUGAUGAGCCCUCCCCAAGACCUUCGCCAUCGUCAGUAAAAUCCUCACCAGCAAAGCGGCCCGCCCUGGGGGUCUUGCAAAGUUCACCGAAGCCGCGCGCUCGGCGGCUGUUCUCGCUGUCUCGUCGAUCUACAGAAUCCGUGAGGUCAAUCGAUUAUCUCAAGAAGGCAGCUCGUGAUUUGUUUUCGCAUGAUAGUAAGUCCGGUUCUGUGAUCAGCGAAGAGAUAUCAGAGCCACAUGGGACGGAGUCACCUGUGCCUGUGCCUGAAGCCCGAGGGCCCUUGCUAGCUGCAGCAGAGGUAAAAUCAACGCGGUCAUUCUCGUUGUUUAGACGGAGCCGCUCUUCUACCUUUCGCACCAGCAACACCUCGACUCUCGUUGAAGAGCAGAUUGCAGAGGGCGGUCCCCAUGGCCAGAAUGACAAGAAAGCUAGAAGCGGACAUCUGCAGGGCCGUUCUGAGGGUUCGAUGACGUCUGGAGAGGAGGCGAGCUCUAGAGUUGCUGUGACAGGGACUGUCCCUGUAGAGACACCCUCAACUUCAGGGUUGGGCAUCAGCCUCACUGUCCAACAACCUGAAGCACCAUGCACGGAGAACAAAAACGCACCAGCAGCUCUUCGCCAAAAGAAACAGGGUAGAAUGGACUCUCCCGAGUUUACCGACGCUCGGGAGUACUUGCUCAGCCCGGCUUCCGAGGAAGUUGCCCAGUCGGAGCUCUCGGGUGCUCUGGCCAGGGUAGUCAGCCCGAGAGAGGAUGACGACUUCUCGACGGCACCGUCCACCCCCGAAUUGAGCACGGGAGCCUCGUCACCGAGGCACAGCGUAUUGAUAACCCCGGAGUCCCAACGGACCAAACCGGACACGAAGGACACUGUCCUCCAAGACCCACCCUCGGAAAAAACCCAGCCUUCUCCUCCCUGCCCCCUCGGAACCGAACCCCACGCACCACCAGCCGACAGCCCGCCCGCCCUCACAGCCCCUGCAUCGGACUCCCCCACCCCAGAGUCCGAAAUCCGGCCAUCGGACCCGAGCGAGCAGCCGUCGGCCGCCCUCGCCCCAGAUCUGCCUGCUGCUGCCUCUGCUGCUGUCAUCGCAAAGCCCGCCGAUAGGCUGGACGCGUCGUCGCCCGGGAGCGAACUCGGCGCCGGGCACGGUGCCGAGGUUGGGACUGGGGCUGGGACUGGGGGAGAAGGUGCGGAGGGGGGGAUGGGCCCGACGAGUGUUGUCGGGUCCGAUGUGGGUGUCGGGGAGGCGGGUGUUGGUGAUGGGUUCGGGUUUGUGCAUGAGGAGUUUGGUGGGGAGCGUCUUGCUGCUGGGGAGGUGACCGCUCGGGAUGUCGGUCCCGGGGGGGAGGUUGAGGGUGGUGGUGGUUCGGUUGGGGUUGAUACCCGGGACGCUGGGGUUGGUGAUGAGGAGGGGAGUCGCGGUCCCGGGUCUCAUGCCGAAGUUCACAUUGAGCCUCAAGGCGGUGCCGUGAUUGGGGAAGAUGUCGAACUCGGUGCCGUACCUGACGGACCCGACGGACCCGAUGUGUUUGCUAACCAGGUCGGAAAUGGUCACGCCGCCGGGGACUCGGACUCGGAGACUCCCCUCGAGGAGGGAAAGCAAGCUGCCGUGCCCGACCCUGGGAGUGAUACAUUGCCGAACGGAGACGGAACCAAGGAAGAGCCGGGCGCGGUUUCGGCCGUGUCUGAUGCCACCGAUGCCACCGAAGGUCCCAAGCAGGGUUUCGCUGGGGAACUUGAGGAAUCCGUCUCGGUGCCGGUGCUGGGUGGACUACCCGGUGACAACGUCGAUGGCGGGGCGCGCGGGAAGUCCGAGGUUGACGCUGUUUGUACCGAGGCCCCGGGUUUCGGUACUCUCGAGGAGGAUGAGGGCGACUCGAUCAUGGACCCGAUCGUGCUCGGAGCUGCCGAAACCGACUCGCCGAAGUUUGAAGACGUCGAGGGAUUGGACACGGUACCGAUGGUGGCUUCCGACGGGCAAAAUGCCGACGAGCAGGCUGCAGAACAAUCCGUGGCCGCCCCGGCUGCCCUUGAGGCUGUCAAACACGAGGCCCGGAACAAUGCUGUCGCGCAGUUUGUCGGGCAUGGAAUUUUGCAAGUGGAUUCUUGGGCUGACGGGAUUGGCGGGGAGGAUGCUUAUGAGUCCGAAGAACCUCGCUCUGAUCCUAGGGUCGGAAAUGACGACCUUCUCAGGAAGGCGUUCGGGCCCGAAGCUAGGAUCGACGAGACCGGCGCUAGCUCUGAAGUCGGCGAUCGGCGUGUUUGCGCCGACAGUGGGACCUCGGCGCCGGAUUCCCAUGGCAAACACAUCGCCCCGGAGAUCUCUGCCGACUCCCCGGUCAAUCCCAGCACCCUUCGUGAGAGCCUCGAGUUCGCCCGGACCCCAGCAUCCACACAGCCCGCGAAACCCAACCCUAACCUCGCACCCAUCCCCGACCUCUCCAAACUCCCGAAAUCCAUCCCCGCCCUAAGCCGAAUCAGCCUCUCCUCCGACACCGCGUCCUUCAUUAGCCCCGUCCGCGACUCAGUCGACACCAUCCGGCCGUCGACGGACGAAACCCGAUACACCAAGGCUCCCCCCACCGAGCAGGCCCACACCAACAAAAGCCGUCCCCAAACAGCCGGCUACCUGCACAUCGGCCUCCACGAGACGCGCCUCGUCGAGGUCGGGCUGCGCGGUGCGCUCGGCGGCGCGAUAGGCGGUGCUCGGUCGCGUCGGAUGAGCCUGCCGCUGCAGAACCUGCUGCUGCCGGACGGCGAGGCGGCGCGGGACCGCCCGGCGGCCGCGGAGAGGUCGGUCUCGAGCGGGCCGGCGGCGAAACCGGAUGAUCCGCGGAAGCCGUUGAGGAAGGGGAUGAAGAGCGCGAAGGAGCUGGGAGAAGGCGGCGGGGAUGAGCUAGAUGAUGGGCGCUCGGUGCUGCCGAGGAUGAUGAUGCUGCUUGCGGGGGCGGUGGCCAUUGGGAAGAUGAUGAAGGGGCCUGGCGAUUGA